AUGCCAACAACAACAACAUCAAAAAAGACCAAAGGACAGGACAACAAUGUUAAGCAUCUCAAGGCCAAGCAUGGUUACAGGAAGAUAAAAAGGCAGUUUUCCCAGACCCAGACAAACAUUACCUUGUGCAGCAUCCCACCGUCUGGUCACUCCUACCUCCGCCUGCCAUCGCAAAAAGUCUCCUCAGCCGCCACGGUCCAGUCCGUCUGUCCAAAGACAAUGUCCUUUGCCUUCAUCGCCACAGUGGCACUGAUGUGCUCCUCUGUGGUAGUUGCAUUUGUCCUGCAGCCUUCCGAGCAAGAAACUGCAGUUCCACAAGACUCCAUCAGCAGGUGCCAUAAAGACUCCCUGCAGUCCAUCCGCAAGGGGCUCCUUGCUGCCCUCAAUCUGCAGGCAGAGCCACGUUUGCCAGAGGGAACCAAAAAGCAGUGGAGUGGAACUGCGGCGCGGCUCCAGGCCGUGGCAGUUUCAUCUGGCUACUCCACCGAUGAUGGGCAUGACACCCAAGGAUGCUGCAACGAGACCUCAGAGGUUUCCAUGACAGAUCUGGGCUGGGACAGCUGGAUGAUCUACCCGGAGCGCCUCACCUUGGUGCACUGUGCCCCCUGCGGCCACCAUACAUCCUGCAGAACCCAGCAGCCCAACGCCCCAAAGCACGAUGACUCCCAGGUCCAGACACCAUGUUGCCAGUCCACUGCCCAUGAAGUGGUGCCCGUCAUGUACAUUGACGAAUCCAACACCGUGGUCAUCACCUCCUUGCAGCUGACCCGCCGCUGCAGCUGCCCAGCUGCCCCACAGCCUCGCUAGGACUAAAGUUUGUAAACUGUAGUGCACCACAGCUCCUAAAUUUGAAAACUCCAUAAUAACUUCAUGUACUUCCAUUAAAUUGAAGAGCUUUCCCACUAAACAUGCAGCUUCCAUUAGAUUUUUACUCUUCCUAUUCCACCUCAUAAUAUAACCAGACUAAAACCUGAUCACAUCGUAAAUUGGAUUUUUGAAGGGGAGCUCAAAACACUCACAAAUGCUGCCGCUUUCAUGUAUUUAUCUACGCUCAUUGGGAGCUUUCAACACGGAGCGUUGGAUCAGUGAAAAGGUUCGUCAAAGGUUUGCAUUCCUGUUUCAACAAGCACCAUGACAUCAAAUUUGUGUUUCCAAAAUUCCAAGCAUUGUCUUUUUCGGGAAAUGACCACAUGAUGUUGUGUACUUGACACGCUGGGGAUUUAUCGCCACCUGCUUUAAGACAAAUCUCCCGAGUGUUGGGGCGCAUUUAUUUAAUGCAGGGUACUGAGUGUUCCCUCCAAAAAUGCGCAAACUUCCCUGUGCCAAAUGCUCUUCUCGUCUCUGCAGAAAAGUCUCUCCUAUUAGGGAGAAGGACGUUUUUUCCAGUUAGUUCAAGUAAAUGCUUAACAAUUUACAUACAGAAGCAAAUGUGUUGUUUUUAUAUGCAAACCUGAAGGGGAGCUGUAUUAAUUAUUACAUACGUAUAAAUAUACUUCACUAUAAACACUGUGUGUGCUUUUUAAGCAUUAGCGCUGUCCAAUGGAAAGUAUGGAUUUUCCUUAAAAAAAAAAUUCCAGAACACUUAUUCGAAUCAGUCGCACUGCCAGCCACUUUUGCUUAAAAUCAGUCACCACUUAACAAUGCCUAUUAUGAGUAGACUCACUAAAAUCUCAGUAAAUCUUUGAGGUUUUACUAAUUUUGAAGUGUGUGCAAUUGGCACUGAAUUCAUUGGCUGUCAUUGACUGUGCAGACGACUGGGCGUGGUUGCCUGUGCCCCUUUUUUAAAUGAAUGGGAUGUCUGUGGCAAUUAGUUGAAAACCUUUCCAUUAAAUACGACCACUAGGAGAUGGUGAAUUUUAAUUUUACAUUUUGAGUCAUUUAAUACAUCAUGAUGCAGUGUAUGACAAUUGUAAAAUUUUACACGUUGGAUUUAGAAAAAUUGAGAUGCAUGCUUCUUACUGGACAUAACCAUAUAACAUAUAAUUGUUGUAGUUCUCUUAUUCUUAUGAAAUUAGUGCUAAACUGAGUAUCAUUGAUUGUAGUUCUCUUUUCACGUUUAUUUACAGUUACCUCACGAGUACAGUCAAGGGCGUAGAUUUGCACAGGGACGGUAGGGACAUAACACUACCAACUUUUCAGGCUGCUGAAAUUGUCCCCACAAACUUUUAGGCAAGCGUAGUUGCUUGAUUUAUUGAGUUCAGGAAUAUAACUCAUUAAAAUUGUCUUCGCAUAUGUUGUAAGGAUAGAAUGCAUUCUACCAUUAAUUAGUGAACUAUGAACUUGCUAACCUGCAAAACUACUAUGGUCAGGCCAGCCUCAACAAGGAACAACAAAGUCAAGAUAGGCAUCUCUCAUUUGGAUCAUUAUUUGUAUUAUGUGCAUUACGGUAAUGCAGUGCAGUGGCUUCAGAGUGCAAGUUCUUUUAUUUAAAAAAAAAAUGGGGAGCUAUCCAAUAAUGGGUCCACUUCAGAGGGACACUGACAUGAAUAUGAACAUGAACUGACAUGAAAAAAAAUCUAUGAAAUGAAAUGACACAUCAGAAUUUCACAAGAGUAUUUUGGUCCGAGUCUUGGAGUAGUCUAGGAUGCCUCAGAUGUAGAUCGGUCCUUGGAUAUCUCAGAUUUCUUUUUGAUUAAUUUUCUCCCAAAUCACUUUUAUAUCACAACACUUUAGUUUGAGUCUAUGGGUGCGCCAGUGUCCCCCAGAAGUUGACCCAUUCUUGGAGACCUCACCGUUUUCUAUUUAAUAAAGGCACCUGCACUUCAAAAUGUUUCUUCAGUAUAGUUUUUUGAAAACAAAGGUUUGAAUUGAACAUUGUAUCACCUGGACCAGGGCCCAGGCCAUUUGGGGGCCCUAAGCAAAAUAAUGCCAAGGGGCCCAUAUUUUUUGCCCACCAUUUCGUCACAGUGUACUGUGAAACCCAUACAUGCAAUCCAACCCAUACUUCCAUAUUUUGUAUAUUAAUCAGAUUUUGUUGCACUGUAUACUUCAAACUUCUCACCCCAAAUGAUUGUCAGUACUUACAGUAGAUUGUUGCACUGUACACUUCAAACUUCUCACCCCAAAUGAUUGUCAGUACUUACAGUAGACGGCGCCAAACCUUUUUCUAAAAGAGGAAAAGAAGAAGUUAAGGAAGAACUUUUUUUUAAAGCUUAUAAUCAAGUAUCAAACUCACAAAAGUCAAAUAAAGCAAUAAAGCAAAUAAACUGUAGUAAACUGAUGUUUGCAUAAGUAAACGGCAUUGCGUGCCACAUUAUUCACGAUGCUCUAUUAACAUAUAAAAUGAGGUUGCCAGAUUGGGGGCCCCCUAGUGGUCAGGGGCCCUAAGCAGCUGCAUAGUCAGCGUAUAGGCUGGGCCGGCCUUGACUGAACCAAUAUACAUGAAAGAGAUUUAUUGUGCAUUAAUCAUUGAGCUUAUCAAUUAUAUUGGGUUCAUAUUCGUGAGAAAUGUAGUCCCCGUUCAAUAAUCUGUUUGGUCAUAUUAAUGUAACGUCCCCAGCAAAAAGUAUACAUGCAGGUUAUGCUGUUAUAUCGUCCCUACCAAUGUUGAGACCAAACCUACGCCCUUGAGUGCAGUACUUUAAAAAAUUAUAUAUGUAUUAUAAUGUGUGGAUUAAAAAAAAACACUAAUUGUAAUGUGUGGAUUUCAGGAGUACAAAGUAACUCUUUCUAAAUUGAUGAUUCUUUGCUUCCAUUUCAUGUAUAAUAAAGGCUAUCAAAA